CUGCCUGCAUCUGAUGAACUCCCUGUCCAAACGCCUCCCUCGCAACCGCCUUGCCGCCACUCGCCGGAGCAGCCGCCGCCUCCACCACACACAACCGCACCCGCACCCUCUCCUCGCCACAUUCUCCCGCAUCUGCGUCGAGGGGCCCUUCCGCGCCGCGCUCGCCCUGCUCCCUGACCUCGCCUCGGCGGGGCUCCGCGCGGACCCCGUCUCCCUCACCCGCCUCGUAAAGCUCUGCGUGCGCCACGGCACGGCAAGCGACGGCCGGCUCAUCCACCGCCACGUCGCGGACCAUGGAGCGCUGUCGCACGGCGGUGGCGGCGGCCUCUUCGUCUCCAACUCGCUCGUGUCGAUGUACGUCAAGUUCGGCCUGCUCGACGACGCGCUCAGGCUGUUCGACGGAAUGCCGGAGAGGAACGUCGUCACCUGGACGACCGUCGUCGCGGCGCUGGCCAACGCCGACGGGAGGAAGGACGAGGCGCUGAGGUUCCUUGUGGCCAUGCGGAGGGACGGAGUGGUUCCCAACGCCUACACGUUCUCAAGUGUCCUCGGCGCGUGUGGCACGCCGGGGGUGCUCGCUGCCAUGCACGCCAGCAUUGUCAAAGUUGGGCUGGAUUCGGACGUGUUCGUGCGGAGCUCAUUGAUCGACGCGUACAUGAAGCUUGGGGAUUUGGAUGGCGGGCGUGGUGUCUUUGAUGAGAUGGUGACUGGGGAUUUAGUUGUGUGGAAUUCAAUCAUUGCAGGGUUCGCACAGAGCGGAGAUGGUGCUGGGGCGAUAGAGCUAUUUGUGAGGAUGAAGGAUGCUGGAUUCUCGGCUAACCAGGGUACCUUGACAAGUGUCUUACGGGCAUGCACUGGGAUGGUCAUGCUUGAAGUGGGGAGGCAGGUGCAUGCUCAUGUGCUCAAGUAUGAGAAGGACUUGAUUCUGCACAAUGCGCUUCUUGACAUGUACUGCAAGUGCGGGAGUUUGCAGGAUGCGGAUGCCUUGUUCCGCAGGAUGCCGCAGAGGGAUGUAAUCUCAUGGAGCACCAUGAUCUCUGGUUUGGCGCAGAAUGGGAGAAGCACUGAGGCGUUGAGGGUUUUCGACUUGAUGAAAUCUGCAGGAGUGGCGCCGAACCGCAUAACGUUGGUUGGAGUUCUCUUUGCCUGCAGUCAUGCUGGUCUAGUGGAAGAUGGAUGGUACUACUUCAAGUCAAUGGAGAAGCUCUUUGGCAUUCGACCUGAGAGAGAACACCACAACUGCAUGGUCGAUCUCCUUGGCCGAGCAGGGAAGCUCAAUGAGGCUGUGGAAUUCAUCCAUGAGAUGAGCCUUGAUCCAGACUCGGUUAUUUGGAGGACUCUCCUAGGCGCUUGCAGGAUGCAUAAAAAUGCCAAUCUUGCAGCAUACGCAGCCAGAGAAAUACUUAAACUGGAGCCUGACGACCAAGGUGCUCGUGUAUUGUUGUCAAACACAUAUGCGGAUCUGCGGCAGUGGACAGAUGCUGAGAAGUUAUGGAAAGCGAUGAGAGACCGAGGUAUGAAGAAAGAACCAGGAAGAAGCUGGAUUGAGGUGGAAAAACAGGUCCAUGUGUUCAUUGCUGGUGACUUAUCACACCCAUCCUCAGACUCCAUAGUUCAGGAACUGAACCGGUUGAUUGGAAGGAUCAACGCUCUUGGUUAUGUCCCGCAGACAGAAUUUGUGCUACAGGAUCUCACAAUCGAGCAGAAGGAAGAUCUGCUGAAAUAUCACAGCGAGAAGUUGGCGAUAGCAUUUGGAACUAUGCAUGCUAUGCUAGGGAAGCCUAUCAGAAUCAUGAAAAAUUUGAGGAUCUGUGGUGACUGCCAUGCGUUCGCGAAGCUCGUCUCCAAGAGCGAAGGCAAGGUGAUCAUCAUCAGGGACCCUGUUCGGUUUCACCAUUUCCAGGAUGGAGCUUGCUCCUGUGGUGACUACUGGUAGCCAGAAGGCACUCAGAGCACCUCUAACAGCCUUUCUAAAAUCUACUCUCUAAAUCAUCAUUUAGAGAGUCAUUUGAGUAAAAAUUAUUUUCUAUAUCUUUGUAUUUUCUAACAGAUUUUAUAUAUCUUGUACGUAGUCUAGAGAGUCAUUCUCGCUCUCCAUCUUUAGCUACCUAGAAAUCUUGAACAGAAGAUGUCUACAUUUAGAUAUCCAAUUGAAGAGAUUGUUGGAGGGUAUUUUUCCACCAAAAUCUCUAUUCCUAUAAUCUAUUCCUGUAAGUUAGGAAAGAUAU